AGUUACGGAAUGAAAAAUCCCCGUCCUCGCUUAGAAAUUGACUGGCAAAAAUCAUUCAAGGGGGAGGAACUCCGUGAAGAUUCAGCGCCAAGUUGUUCAUUCAUUCAAUGUAUCCCAAUGAAUUGACUCUCGCCCAAUAGUCUGUCGUUGACGUGCCGUGCCAGCUAACUUCCAUUCUUGGCCAGCCGGUGGGAUAUGUCAUCUUUUCUUCGAACUCGUCCCCGUGGCGGCUGCUGUAAAUUUGUCAACGUAUGAUCAUUUCAUCCCCAAAUAAAGUGCAACCAUGCCUGCAGUCCGGGGCGAUGGAAUGCGCGGCUUGUCUGUGUUUAUAUCAGACAUUCGAAACUGUAAAAGCAAGGAAUCAGAAAUCAAGAGAAUAAAUAAAGAAUUAGCAAAUAUAAGAAGCAAGUUUAAAGGCGAUAGAACAUUAGAUGGUUAUCAAAAGAAGAAGUAUGUUUGCAAGCUCCUCUUUAUUUUCCUGCUUGGACAUGACAUUGACUUUGGACAUAUGGAGGCAGUCAAUCUGUUAUCAUCCAAUAAGUACUCUGAGAAGCAAAUUGGUUAUUUGUUUAUAUCGGUGUUGGUCAACACCAAUAGUGAUUUAAUCAAACUAAUUAUUCAAAGCAUCAAAAAUGAUCUGCAAUCUCGCAACCCUAUCCAUUUGAACCUAGCUAUGCAGUGCAUUGCUAACAUUGGUAGCAAAGAAAUGGCAGAAGCCUUUGGUUAUGAUAUCCCCAAGCUGCUUGUAUCUGGGGACACUAUGGAUGUUGUGAAGCAGUCAGCUGCACUUUGCCUGUUGCGACUAUUUCGCACUUCUCAAGAAAUGAUACCUAGUGGAGAAUGGACAUCGCGCAUCAUCCAUCUACUGAAUGAUCAGCAUAUGGGUGUGGUGACUGCUGCCACUUCUCUUAUUGAUGCCCUUGUGAAGAAGAAUCCAGAAGAGUACAAAGGCUGCAUUAGUCUUGCUGUUUCUAGACUUAGUCGAAUUGUAACUGCCAGUUAUACAGAUCUUCAAGAUUACACUUAUUACUUUGUUCCUGCUCCAUGGCUUUCUGUCAAGCUGUUGAGACUGUUGCAAAAUUACUCACCACCAGAUGAUCCUGGUGUUCGUGGCAGACUGAAUGAAUGCCUUGAAACUAUCCUAAAUAAGGCUCAAGAAGCACCAAAAUCAAAGAAAGUUCAGCAUUCCAAUGCCAAAAAUGCUGUUCUCUUUGAGGCUAUAAGUUUGAUCAUUCAUAAUGACAGUGAGCCAAAUCUUCUUGUGCGGGCGUGCAACCAACUUGGGCAGUUCCUGUCCAAUCGUGAAACAAAUUUGAGAUAUCUUGCUUUGGAAUCAAUGUGUUUACUUGCCACUUCCGAAUUCUCCCAUGAGGCUGUGAAGAAACAUCAAGAAGUUGUCAUCCUUUCAAUGAAGAUGGAGAAAGAUGUUUCUGUUCGUCAGCAAGCCGUUGAUCUCCUUUAUGCCAUGUGUGAUAAGACCAAUGCUGAAGAAAUUGUUCAAGAAAUGCUGAACUACCUGGAAACUGCGGACUAUUCUAUAAGAGAGGAAAUGGUCUUAAAAGUGGCUAUCCUUGCUGAAAAGUAUGCCACUGAUUACACUUGGUAUGUAGAUGUUAUUCUUAAUUUGAUCAGAAUAGCUGGAGACUAUGUUUCAGAAGAAGUGUGGUAUCGAGUCAUUCAGAUUGUCAUCAAUCGGGAUGAUGUUCAGGGAUAUGCUGCAAAAACAGUUUUUGAGGCUCUUCAAGCUCCUGCAUGCCAUGAAAACAUGGUUAAAGUAGGUGGUUACAUCUUGGGUGAAUUUGGUAACCUAAUUGCUGGUGAUCAACGUUCCUCACCCCUUGUCCAGUUUCAAUUGUUACAUUCCAAGUAUCAUCUUUGCUCUCCAAUGACACGAGCUCUUUUACUCUCAACUUAUGUAAAAUUUGUUAAUCUGUUUCCUGAAAUUAAACACAACAUUCAAGAGGUAUUUAAACAGCACAGCAACCUUCGUAGUGCUGAUGCCGAACUCCAACAGAGAGCCUCAGAAUAUCUUCAACUCAGUGUCAUUGCUUCCACUGACGUCCUUGCAACAGUUUUGGAAGAAAUGCCUGCAUUCCCAGAGCGGGAGUCAUCAAUUCUUGCUGUGUUAAAAAAGAAAAAGCCUGGUCGUGUGCCAGAAAAUGAAAUUCGGGAGGGCCGUAGUCCAAAUCCAGCCCCUACUGGGAACCACACUGAAGCUGUUUCUCACUCAAAACCUUCAGCAGUUUCUGCUAAUGCAUCUGCCGAUCUUCUUGGGCUCUCCACCCCCCCUUCAAGUCAGCCAACUGCCCCAAGUAACACUGGUAUGCUUGUGGAUGUCUUGGGAGACAUGUAUGGAGGCCAACAGCAAACUCAGCAGAAUAAUAGCUUUGCUGCUGCACAGUCUUACAAUCCCAAGAAGUUUGUUUGUAAAAAUAAUGGAGUCCUAUUUGAAAAUGAUCUUGUUCAAAUUGGAGUGAAAUCUGAGUUCAGGCAAAAUUUGGGCAGAAUUGCUCUCUUCCAUGGAAACAAGACUCCUUUCCCUCUUCAGAACUAUGAAACAACCAUAUCAAGUCCAGGAGACCAAGCUAGUAAAUUGGUUAUUCAAGUUAAACCUAUGGAUCCUAUUCUUGAGGCAGGAGCUCAGAAAUUGCAGGUGUUAAAUGGUGAAUGUGUUGAAGAUUAUGUAGUGAGACUCAGUCAUCUGCACAUAUUGUCAGUUCAUUCUUUUGUGCUCCAUCCACACAAGUUGCAGUGAAGCCUAUCUAUCCAUUAUGAGUUAUAUAUGGUUUUCCUUUGUAAACCUUUUUUUAUGAUUAUGCUUUCAAAUAUACUUUGUUCUUUUUUGCUCAGUAACUUUUGUAUUCUUAGUGAUCUUGUUUUUAAAGUGCUCUUAUGUGACAAAAAAAUCUUUAAUGUGUACAGCUGUUGUAUUUAGACUAGUCUUUAUUAUUUUAUGGGUUCCCUAUUUUUUUGUUUUAUAUAUUUUUUCCAUGAAAUUUGAACCUUAUACUUCUUAUAAACAUAUAAUGUUUGUGAUGUGUAAUUUAGGCGAAUCUCCACACCAGUGAAUUUUAGAACGGUAGUUUGGCUGUUGGUGUUGACAUGCCUGUUAAUCUUAUAGUGAAGCACAUCAAAGUAAACCAGAUAUCUAAAGAUUCAACAAAACUGAUCAAUGCUUGAAUGAACUUGUCGUGAUUGUUGUUCCUGUAUCUUCAAAGCUUGUGAGGAUUUCAAGAGCUUAAGCAUUAUAUCCUCUUGCCUUUCUGUCUGCUACCUGUUUGCUAGAGACAAAGUUAACCUUCAGUCUCUUGGAUGGUAACUCAUUGCGAGACUUGUUUUGUUUAUUGUGCAACACAAUCUUUGUGAAUUUUCCUUCCAGCUUACUGUUUCAUGUAGCGUGAAAGAUUAUACAGCUUUGUACAUUAGGAUCUUGUAUUUGAUGCUUGCCUGCUUUGAAUCAAAGCACCCUCAUUGUAUUGACAUAGGAGAACAUCUUUUUUACUUGGUCACCUUUCAUUAUCGAGUCUUUAGCUCUUCUGUAAUUGCCCAGAAAUGUUGCUUUGUAUGUGUUAUUUGAAUUCAGACUUGUUAAAGUUUGAAGUUGAUAUGAACUAAGUUUGAAAAAAAUCUUGUAUCAAAGUUAUAAAUAUAUAUAUAUGUACUGUUAAAAUUGUGUUAUUUCAUAUUAGGUUGUACAGAGCAGCAAUGACAAUAACUUCUGUUUCUAGUUGAAAGUGUCUCUGCACUCUUUGAUUUUGUACAAGAAACUACAUGUUCCUUUGUGUUGCAUGCUUCUGAAACCCAACCUCUUAAAACCUGGUACGUCAAAUGGUUUUGCUAUUUGUAAUUAACUUAGCUCUGCUAAUUUAGCUCAAUAUUCAAGCAGUAUUAGAUGGAUUGAAUUUGUACUCGGGUACAAUAUUUUUUUCAUACAGUCUUAUGGAAGAGAAUUGUAGUAUACCCACAUGAAUGUCCAAUGCAUGACAGUUAAGAUUCCCUUCUAAUCUCUUCUUUUCUGCUACUAUCUGAAAUACAUAUGACUCGUACAGGGUAUGUAGAGGAUUUAGAUCAGUAGCACCAGUUUUUGACAUUCAGUGUGCUGUUUCUAUCCAUUUCAUUUAUGUGAAAUGAUCACUCCAACGUGUACUGUAUGUUGCCCAUUAAAUAGGAUUCUGUUGGCUGUACUGCAGGAUUUUCAUUGUUCAUGAGCAUUGGUAUACUUUACAAAAGAAACACGGGGAGAAAAAAAAAAAACAACCUUCAAGCACAAGAUAUCGGCAAAGAGCAGUUACUGAUAAGAUCAUGUAUCCUUUGUGUGCAAUUUGGAGAAAACUUGCAUGCUCUGUAUGUGUUUUUCCUGUGGGCUGUGCAAUCUUUUAUUUUAAAGUUGGGUCAGCGGAGUUUGUUAGUCCCCUCUGCAGAAAAUAAAAACAUAGUGAAGACAUUUUAUCUGUAAAUUUUGAAACCAAACAUUCCACCAUGAAAUUAUUUGGGACAACAGAGAAUGUAAGCAGUUUCUGUUAAUUGACGUAGUUAAACUAAGUUUUGUUUUAAGGUCUUUGGAAUCACAACUUUUGAUUGUGAUUCUUGUUUGUUCACAGUUAUUUGACUAUUGCAAUGUAGACUUCUAAUAUGUUAAGUGAUGAACUUCCAAAUUUUCUCUUUAUUUGCAUUGCGUUCCAGUUUGAAACAAAAAAUUUACAUAAUAUCUUUUGAAUGUAAUGCUUGCCUCAUAGUAGAGUUUGAAACAAAUGUGUGUUAUCUUGCUGUACGUCUUUAUGAAUCUGUAUUGAUACACAUUUGAAGUAUAAGGAGGGUGAUACUGUAUUCCAAACAUCUAUACAAAUGAAAUAUGAAGAGCCAUCUUGCAUAUCAAGUGUAUAAGCAUAAGAUGUGCUAAAAGUUGCUUAUAUCAGUUGGUGCAGUAGGCUUGUCUCAGCAAUAGAAACUUUGACGUAUCUGUUGCAAAAUAUUUUCUGCUUUGCAUGCAUAUUAAAUUUACAGGUAUCAAGUGAACCCGUUGUGUAAUGCAGGUGAAACACAUAAAGUCAACUUGUAGCCUGAAUCA